UAGAUGUGCCAGUCAAACAGAAUUUUCAGACUUCUCCUAUCAGAUAAUAUGAGUACUACUCAGUUGAAUCCAUCUCACAGUUUGAACUCCAAGCUCCAUCGACCAAGCUAUCCUGUCAAACCAGUCUCACAUGCACUGCACCCCCAAAGCUUAAUUCUCACGGCUCAGGAAUCUUGCAACUUUGGAACUUGUAAAGACAUUAAAAGACAUGGCAGUAGGUCCAAAAAUUCCCUUGAGAGGUAUAUGGUUCUUCCUCUUUUUAUAGUCAGUCAUUCAUGGAUCUAUUCUUCUGGACACGCAACAGUUGUUCCACAAAAAGUUGCUGCUGCAGAAGAUGAGUGGGAAGCUUUAUCCCAGGAGAAUCUAAAGUAAAAAUUGCAGGUUCUGGUCCAUGGUAAAUCAACAAGGAGAAGAUCUCUUCUCAAGUUGCUGUGAGGAUUAGAUCAGUCCAAGUGUUCUGUUCAAAUGAUUCCAGAAGAUGUAUCACCAUUAUCAUCAAAGCCACAGCAAUAUCUUUUCUUCUAGGGAAACUUUUCCUGCAGACGGGCAAUUGUUGCUGCAAAGAGGAGGGAGUGCUCCAGAAGAGUCAGGACUGGUUCUAUCAACCGAUGCCAAGCCUAGGUUGAAGUGGACAUCUGAGCUCCAUGAGAGAUUCAUAGAAGCUGUGAAUCAACUUGGUGGAGCAGACAAGGCUACACCAAAAACAGUCAUGAGACUUAUGGGCAUUCCUGGACUAACACUGUAUCACCUGAAAAGUCACCUACAGAAGUAUAGGCUCAGUAAGAAUCUCCAAGCUCAAGCAAACAGUGGAAGCACCAAGAGUGUUAUAGGUUGUACAUUAGCAGCAGAGAGAACAAUUGAUGUCAAUGGAUCUUUCAUGGUUAACACAAGUACCAUGCCCCAAUCAAACAAAAGUUUUCAGAUAAAUGAAGCACUUCAAAUGCAAAUUGAAGUCCAGAGGCAGCUACAAGAACAUCUUGAGGUUCAAAGGAAUUUGCAACUCCAAAUAGAGGCACAAGGAAAAUACUUACAGUCAGUGCUGGAAAAGGCUCAAGAGACACUAGGGAAACAGAAUUUAGGGUCUCCAGGAGUGGAAGAUGCCAAAGUUCAGCUCUGUGAACUUGUUUCCAAAAUCUCAAGUGAAUGUUUCAGCAAUGCAUUUCAAGGAUCAGAAGAAAUACCUGGUCUGAACACUAAAGAGCUGCAUCCAUCUCAACCUGUUGAUUGCUCAGUAGAAAGUUGCUUGACAUCAUUUGAAGGAUCACAAAGUGUCUGUAAAAGCUUGAGAAGCUGCAAUGGCAGCUUACCACUGUGCCAGCAACAAGUUCAUGAGAAUAGCAGGCUUGAAAACACUCAAUCUGCAUGGUGUUAUUUGCAUGAGCACAAGACUUUUUCCUCAUCCAGCUUAGGAGAUUCAGAAAGGACAUCUUUCGCAGCCCAGAAGGACUUUGAGACACUUCCUACAAGCAUUAAGACCCAAAAUGAAGGAGGAACUGGUUCUGAGGCCCAGGGAAAGGAAAGUGAUGAUGAGAACAUAUCUGUUGAGCACCCAAACAGCAGUAGACCUGCAGAUCAACAGGGGAGAGGCAAGCAAUCAGAUAGAUUUGGGCUGCUUACUCACACAGCACAACUUGAUCUCAAUGCCCAUGAAGACAAUGAAGGUGGUACAAGUAGCAGAUUUGACUUGAAUGGCUUUAGCUGGAGCUGAUUUGUGCCUAGAAGAGAAAGAUCAAGGAUAUAGCAUUUAUAAUGUUGCAGUACUGAGGCAUGUUGCACUAUAAUCAUGUUGCAAAGGUGAGCACUUGCUUCCUUAACCAAUCUAUUUAACCAAAAUAAUUGAUGGCUAUAACACGAAGCUAAUGAAAAAGGACAGUGCGCUGCAAGAAACUGAGGAUGCAUGUAAAAUACAGCAGUAUAAAGGAGAAUCUCAAUACCAUGCCUUUGUAGCCAAACUAGCCAUUCUAGCAAGUCAAUUUCUUUGAUAUCCUUCACUGUGUGAUACAUGUCAUUGAUGGAAUAGCUACCUGUAUUGAACUAUCAUGUAGUUUUUGAUGAACUAUAAAAAGGAAAAAAAGAAAGGAACAUCAGUUCUUAAUGCAUUAUUGUAUUCACCUGGA